UAAAAAUGUAGGGAGUAAAAGCAAAAAAGUAGUCAAAAAAAUAAAUACUUAAGUAGAAAUUUUAGAUAUCUGUACUUUACACAUUAGUGUACUUUGUUAUUUCUGACCUCUGAAAAUCAGUUUGUUUUUUUUUUUAGCUAUUGCUAAAUACAGAGGGGUUUUUUUUUUCUGGAACUAGAAGAUGUCUCUUAAAAAGUCUUAUUCACCCUUCACUAUUAAUUUUGACUUUUUUUUAAAAAUAAAUUUUCUGUUACAGAUCAUUCCAGUUGGGUGUUCCAUAUAUGUGAAAAGUCUACAGAAUGUUAUAAAACCUGAAACUAAUUCUAUCUUAAAAUAGGUUAAUCAGCUGAAUGAAUUAGCUCCUACUGGUAUGAGUGAAACACCUGGUCCUUUGCCUUUAAUUUCCUCGUCGUGGGAUCAAUAAAGUCUUAUCUUAUCUUAUCUUAUCUCAUCUUGAUACUUACUUACUAUUUACUAAGACAGACUUGUAUGGGCAGAUUGGCCCUGUGCUCCUAAUACUGAUGCAUUCUUUAGCUAAAUGUAAAAUGUUUUCACUCCCUUUGUUGUGUCAUGUGGGACAACAGUCAAUUAUUCUAAAACACAACACAAAUGAUUACAUUUGUGCUGUAAUGUAUUUUCUUCAUCAGAUUAAGCAGUGGGCAAUUACUGUGUGGAUUAAAUAAUUAGAUGCAGUUGUUACAUGAAGCUGUGGGGAAAAACAACUCUAAAAUGUAUUGCUGACUGGCUUUCUCUAUCCGUCUUUCUCCUUCAGUCUGUCCCUGAUGCCAGCCCUAUGAAGCGCUCAGCCUCAACUGUGACCCCACAGCGGCCCCAAGAGGUCAAUUUAAGAGACUACACCCUGGAAAAACCAAGCCAGGAGAGAACCCACCACCAUCACCGUCGCUGCCACCACCGUAGAGACCGAGACAGAGAGAACAGACAGAGGUCUUUAGAUGCACCUUUGGCAGGUCAACCUCCCGGUUCUGCUGCUGCAGUGGGUGAGCCAGCAUCGGAAACAACAGCCUCCAGAGAGCGAGCCCACGACCGUGGACGCUCCCAUGAAAGGAAACACCAUCAUUCCUCUGCAGACAAACAGCGCUACUACUCCUGUGACCGCUAUUGCAGCCGGGGACAGUGCCACUCGAAAUCUUCCACCGCCAGCUGUGCUGGCUCUCCAAGUGAAGGGCUGGAAACCAGCAACAAGCAGGGCAGUGGUUGGGUUAAAGGCAGCCCAGUGGCACUGAGCUCCAAUACUAGCACGUCAAGCCGUGGACGUCGGCAGCUCCCCAAGAUCCCCCACACCCCGCGACCCGGGGUGGCUUACAAGACUGCCAAUUCCUCUCCUGUGCAUUUUGUGUCCAGCCAGACCUCUCUGAGUCCCAGCCGGCUAAGCCGUGGCCUCUCAGAGCACAAUGGCCUCCGUUACAGCGGCUCUCACCACUUCCCCUGCCCCGUCACUCGUAUCAGCUCAGAGCCCUUCCUGGGCCAGGGCAAGGCUCUGGGUAGCCUUUAUGGCAGCCUCCGGGACCAGCUGCAAGUCUUCCAGGAUAUGGCGGCGCUGUCUCCCAGCCCCUGUGCUGAACACUCCUCUUGGAACGCACUGCCUCACAUGAUGGGAGCCUUGUCUCCUGCUAAACAACAGAACAUUGGUAUGCCCAAUGGGUACCACAUCAGCUUUGGGGGUAGCACCAGCCCAGGCUCUGGCAUCAGGCCACCCAGGUGUUACCAGGAGGCAGUAAAGGAUGAAUGGUGCUAGCAUGGCUUUAAACAAACCUUUUUAAUGCAUUUUUGAGGAAUUGUGAUGAGUUUUAUCAUCUUCUUUGAAGGCUUUAGUUUACAGCAUCACUGUGUGUGUUUUAAUGCUUUAUUGUAAUCCUAACUUGGAGAUCUUAAGUUAUGGAGAACAUCUGAGGAGAAUGCUUUAAGGGGGUAAUAUUUGAAAGUGAAUAGAAAAGUAUCCUCUUUGUCAAAGCGCUUGUAGCAGAAAGGCAGACUUUUUGUCAAUAUCAAAUGUCUUACAGUGUCUGUUUUUGAUUUGCUACUGACACCACCAUACUGAUCCUGAAGCAACUUUCCAUACAAUAUAUAUAUAUAUUAUAUGGAAAGUAUAUAUAUAUAUAUAUGUAUAUAUAUAUUGAGGUAAUAACUUGGAAAUGGUAAAUGACCUGGUUCUUCUCAAAUAGCGCUUUUCUACUCUUCCCGAGCAUUUAAAGCAUAUAUAGUAGUUAUGCAACUUACCGCAUUCACCCAUUCAUACUUCUACUUUUUUCCCAUGCUUUUUGUAUGCAAGUGCUUUCUAUCUAACAUUCCCUCCAAUAGAUCCAUGGGAGAGCAACUUAGUGCUAGUAUUGUGCCCAAAGAUAUUUGGCAUGCAGAUUGGAACAGCCACAGAUCAAAAUGCAAACCGUCUGCUUUACAGAUGACCCGCUCUGCCUCUUGAGCUAUAGCACCCGCUUAGUAAUGAAUACUAAUUUAUUCUGCUGCUUCGUUUCUUGUUAUUUGUGAUUGCUGAUCUGUUAUCCUAGACAAGAUUCAGUUUAUUUUUGUUGUUGUUGUUUCUUUUUUUAAAUGCUCCACUAAUUUAUUAUCUAGUCUGUAGUUGUGCCUGCUGCCAAACAGGUAGUGCUCAAUGAGUUUAACAGAUAACUGCUUAAUGCACUUGUCAAUGAGAGCCAUGAGACCCAAUGCUCAACUGUAGUGUAUACUACACCUAUACAUAUCCUUCCCAUUUGAUGGACAGGCUUUGAUGGACACAUUAUUCACAUUAUUAUUUAAUGUGAAUAAUAAUAAUACUAAUCAUUUGUUGUGGUUAUUUUAUACAGUUUCACAAAAUAUCAGCCACAUGUUCAGAAUUCGAAUUAAUAACAACAAGCAAUUCAGCUGAACUUAAAGAACACAAAGGAUGAACUUAAAGGCCUAAGCAAAUACACAUUUGCACAUGCAUCAACGUCAUAAAAAUAUAGGAAAUUGGAAUUGGCCAAGAAAAUUGUAAUUAACAUAUCUCUUUAUUUAGUCAAACAAUUAACCAAAAAACUCCAACUUUCAACUCUGCAUUAUAACAAGAUAUUUUAUAAUAUGUCAUAUGCAUUGUAAAUCAUUUGUGAUAUUACAAUAUUCUCUGGAGACCCAACCUAUUCAUUUAUGUCCUUUGUAAUGGACAUUUGAUUUAACCUAUUUGAGCUACCCUACUAAGUUCUCAAGAGAGGACAUCCUGGCCACUCCAAUUUAGCUCCAAAGAGGCAGGGAAUCACACAAAAAUAAGUUAAACUGAAAGAGGUUCUCAGGAGGCUAUGACCAUUACUUGCUGUCAGUUGUUGCAUUUCAGAGUCAGAUGGUGGUGUCAACACUGUAAGUCACAGGAUCAGGACAAAAAUCAAGUCAGUAGUUUAAUGAAAUGGUAUUUGAAAACCUCAGACAUGACACUGUACAGAUAGCUGUGCUGUCUUUAGCUUUGGACUUUACCAUUCCAUGAUGAUGCCUAAUCCUUUUCAACAUUCCCUCAGUGGAAAAGAUGGAAUUCAUACCGCUGCAGAAUUUAGGAAUGAGAUAGCGCGUGGUAGUGGAAAUAGUUUUGUUUGUUUGUUUGAUUGUUGUUGGGAUUUUUUUUACCUCAAAUUUUCCUUUCCUUUCCUUGAUGUUCUUUCUCCAUUGUGCACAUUUUAUACAAUAUGAGGAAAAACAAAGGAGUGUUUUAUGUGAACUGCUUACAGUUUGCCAUUGUUUCAGGUCUAAUGUUUCUUACAGACUUCUUUGCGAUGUUUUAAGACUAAGUGCCUCUCCUUUUAGAUAGAAAAAGAUGCAAUGUUUUCUGAUGCAGCCACAUGAAAAUAGAUGUUGGAUUCAUUAUAUAUAUCUAGCUCUGCAGGAAAAUGUGUUGUAUAGAAAGCCUUAUCUGCAAGCAGAGUCAAUAUCUACACUUAAAAGACAGGAGUGAAAAAUUAAGUUCUGUUUUUUUUUCUAUGUGGUUGUUUUUGAUACCAUGUAGUCAUGUGGGUGGGAACUUAAGGAUCAGCAUUGUGGAAACGCUAUGCUGGGAUUUAAUUAUGAAAACGAUAAAUAUAUCAUUCAAUUUAAAUUAAAGUCAGAAACUUAAUUUGCAUGCUAAAAUGUAACUACCUGAUAUAACCUCUUUGUAUAUUUUUGGUAACGAUGUCACAGUGAGAGUCACAGUGCAAGUAUCUUAUUCAGGUGGUAGAGUGUGAGUUGGGUCAGCUGCAGUGGAUGGGUGUAGUUGGUUGUGGCUGUUUACUACCCAAAGUAGCAAGGAUUGCUACUUUUUUUUUUUAAUCCAUUUUUUGUCCAUUUAAAUGGACACAAGCUAUGUCUGUGACUGUAUGUCUGUGUGUGUCUGAGUGUGCGCGUAUCAGUUGUUGUUGAGAUACUUGACAUUUCUGGGUCAUUUUUUUCACCUUUUCACAUGUAUCAAAAAAAUUAUAUUGUAACAUCAUGCCCAGUAACUACUGUAUAAUGCAGUUUUACAGCAGUGAUCCAAUUUCUUUAGAAUAAUCAUUAGAAAAAAGGGCAGUACGGUGGCAUGGUGGUUAGCACUGUUGCCGCACAGCAAGAAGGUCCUGAGUUCAAUUCCACCAUCAUGAAUGAAUGUGAGUGCGAAUGGUUGU